CCGGGCGAUGGGUCUCCUGUCGUAAAGCUCUCCUGGAGCUGCUACCUUGACCAGUCUCCAAGCUCUAGUAUUAUCUAUCUCCUGCUGCCUGCUAUAAGUAGGCGACCAUCGCUUCCUGCUGCCUGCAACCGGUGAGAGCGAAGGACCGAGUACAGUUAAUAGUGUGAGCUGUGAAGUGCUUGUGCGGUAUGGCCAUGGAGAAAGGCUGGAAGGCUGGCAGCGUGUUUCGCAUUGAGAUGGUCGAGGAGGAGGAGGAGACGGCGAUACCACCGCCGCAGACCCCGCUGGAGCCCAUGGAGUACCUUUCCAGGUCCUGGAGCGUGUCCGCGUCCGAGAUUUCCAAGAUCCUCGUCGGCGGAGCUGGAGCCAAGAGGAGCUUCAGCCGGAUGCCGCUGCCGGAGAUGGCCAUACCGGAGACCGCCACCGUGCUCGCGACGGCGACGGCCAUUGUUCCGAGCCAUCGGCACCAUACACAUGCGAGGAGGAGCUCCAUCAGCAGCAUCGGCCACCACCAGUCUAUCGGCAGAUGGUUCCAGCACAGGGACACGAGCCGGUCCAGGCAGAGCAGCAAGGAGAAGCUGCGCGCAGAGAGGGCGCACGUGCACGCCAUGGUAUCGGUGGUCCGGGUCGCUGCCGCGGUGGCCGCCGUCGCGGCAGCGUCCACGAGCUCCGACGCGCAGACCUCCAAGAUGGCGACGGCCAUGGCGCCGGCGACGGAGCUGCUGGCUUCGCACUGCGUCGAGGCGGCUCGACUCGCCGGCGCGAGUCACGAGCAGGUGGCCUCCGCCGUCCAGUCCGCGGUCGGCGUCAGGAGCGCCGGCGACCUGACGACGCUCACGGCGGCUGCUGCAACCGCUCUGCGAGGAGCGGCGACGAUGAAGCAGAGGGUGCAGCGGGAGGCGGCGAGAAGCAACGCGAGCGUUCUUCCUUACGAGAAGGGCCAUUCGUGGAGCCCUGAUGUCUGGUGCAAGGAGGGGGAGCUGCUCAAACGAACGAGAAAAGGGGAUUUACACAGGACAAAAGUGUCUAUCUACAUCAGCAAGAGGUCCCAGGUGAUGUUGAAGCUGAAAAGCAAGCACAUUGGCGGUGCGCUGUCAAAGAACAACAAGAGCGUGGUUUACGGCGUAUACAGCGAGCUCCCGACGUGGGUGAUCGAGCCAGGAAAGGCUUACAUGGAUGAGAAAUGCUGCUUUGGCCUGAGCACUGCACAAGGUAUCGUGGAAUUUGAGUGCCAGGACAGCACGAGUAAACAGACCUGGGUUGACGAUGUCCAGAACCUGCUUCGACAAGUUGCUGCCGAUGAUCACGCAGGAGAUAAACUGGAAUCAGUAGUAGAAGCCCCUUGAUGCAGCUCACGUGU